AUGACUACGACAAACAAACGACGUAAAAAAACCUUGAAUAGACAACACUCUAGUGAAUCGUCUCCAAAAGUUAACAACAAUGACUUAUACGACUUAACAACUGAUCAUGAAUUCAUUGCGCCAAAUGAACAAUUGCCUAGUGGUAUUGGUUUAUAUUCUAUUUUGAUGAAUAGAAAUAUUAUAGACGCAUCUUUUUCGAAACUGUAUCUACAAAGCUUACAAUUUGGAUGGGAAAACUUAUUGACACAAGAACGACAAAAGUUAAAACCAAAUGAUGUUUCUGUAUUGAAAUGUUUUGUUUUAAAUAGAUUAUUACAUGAAUAUCACAAAGAUUCAGAUUUAUUUGAUCAACAAACAAAAAAUUUAUAUAAUGAAAUCAAAUCACGUAUGAUAAGAGACUUUGCACAAUGGACACCGCAAAAUUUAUUUAAUGAAGUUCGACAUUGGCAAGAUAUGCAAUGUCGACGACGUUUAUUUUAUUUUCAUUUUCAAGAAACUGCACCAUUACCAGGUUUAUUAAUGUUACAUAAAGCUGCAACAAAUUGGUGUCAUUGUUUAAUAAAAUAUUGUCAACAAAACAGAAAAUUUUGGGAAACAGAAGGACGUACUCGUUUUAUAGAACAAUUUCAACAUUCAUUUGUUAUCGUUGCUCAACCGACAGGUUCAGAUGGUACAGCAGUUACUCAAUACAUCAAGAAUGGAUUUAGUCAUACAGCGAAAUUACACUCACGUAUUAUUUGUUUGUUAGAUCCUGAUAUUCUCGGAGAUUCUAUAGAAUUAUCAAAUAUAGAUGUAACACUUUAUCCAUUAAAUCGAGAAAUAAAUAAUAAACUAGAACAACAACCAUCAAUCGAAUGGGAAACAAGAGACGUAAUGAGUGCUGAAGGUGUUCCUGCAUCAAUUUAUUAUGCUGAAACUAAUACACUUGAACUUGGAAAUUUUGAUUCUGUAUAUAAACGUCUUUCAUUUAAUUCGACACUUUGUCAAUUAGAAUAUCGAAUAAAAAUUAAAGUAAAAGAUCCACAAUUUGAAGAAACUAUUAUAUUAACUUCACAACCAUUUGGUAUUUGUUCUCAUGGACAAUAUUUUCCAAAAUUUCUUGCACAAAUAUUUCUUUAUGAAAUGAAAAAAAUUUUAAAUAACACGAAAGAAAUAACAAAUCCUGAUACUAUUACUGACUUCAUUCGUCGAUAUUAUAUACGUAUGACCGGUGUUGAAUUACUUGAUUAUACGAGUCGAUAUAUUCAGCAAGUAUUUGCACAACCAAUUAAUGAUAUGAAAAGUACACCAAUAAGUAAUGUUUCAGAUAAUAUACAUGAAGAAAUUUUAGCUAAAAUUAUAAGUCAAAUUAAUUUUUUGGUUUUACAUCCAGUUUUAACAUUAAUGUAUAAUGAUAGUCUUUUUCUUGGUAUAUGCAAUGGUAUGGAAGUAGAUAAAUUAUUAAAUGGUACUCAAGAACAACCACAUUUAUUGUUACGCUUUAAUACUCUUCUACAUCAUCAAUGGAAUUCAAAUGUUAAUGUUCAUUUCAUUGUUCAUGAUGGUCAUUUAAAACGAGCAAGUUUUGAUUUGAGAACAUUUGCAAAUGAAUUAUGUAGAUUCAUUUGUGAAUCAACAGGUGAUAGAACAAAAACAGCAGUAGUUUUAUCUACUACAUUACCUCGUAAUUUUACAAAUUUUCAAUGGUAUUUUCAUAAUGAAUUGCAUCGACUUAAUAAAAUGGCAUCUCCAAGUAAUGAUACUUAUGAUCCAUUAUUACCUAUUCUUUGGAUGACAAUGAGACAAAAUGAUGAUAAUGAUGAUACACAAAUGGAUGAUAUUUCGGAUAAUAUGACUCAUAUACGAAAAAGACAUCGUUCUAGUUCUUUUCCACGCAUAGAAUCUGUUUCUUCAUUAACUACAAUGAAUAUUGUUGUAAGUUUAGAUGGUAAAGAUAAUGUUUCAUUGGAAUCAACUAAUUUUUCAUCCGAUUCUCAUUGUUCAAUGUUGCUCAACUGUACUCAUAAUAAUUCAUCGACAACAGUAGAUGGAGCUUGUCAAUCAAGUAAUGAAGAAAAUACUAUAAAGAAUCGACAGUUUUUAAUUGAAGUACCUGGAAAUAUUGAAAUAUCUCCUGCUGUAAUCUUUCGUCAAUUAGCAGAAAAAUUUGCCAAUUUAGCUAAUAAUAGCAAUGAAGAUACAUCUUCAAAUUAUCUUAUUCGACCAAAACAAUCAAAAACAUCACUAUCCAAUAUAACCUGUGUAAAUGAAUCUAUACCAAUGAACUCAUGUUUUGGUGAUUCCAGAAGUGAUUCUCAUUUAUCUUGUGAUAUUUCAAAAAUUGAAUCGAAUCCAUUCGAUGAUGUUAUUCAGAAUAAUAUACCAAAUCAAUUGAAAAUUAAAGAAGAACCGGAGGAUAUUGAUUAUAUUGUUUUCCAUAAUAGAACGAAAUGUCAAUAA